AUGUUGGGUAAAUGCAGUGGGCCUAUAUGGCAAAUCGAUGAUUUCACAAACUGUGUACAGAGAGAUUAUCUGAAAGUACUGUUUCCGUUAAUAGUCAUCGGCCUCUCGUUUCUCAUCCUCAUAACAUCUGCGGUCCGCCGGAAAAUAAAGUUAAAACAGAAACACAAGUAUCGACAACUGCGAGCUGCAUCAAUUGAUCGUACGACGAUAAGUGGCAAUGGAUUCAGUCAUCAUAAUGGGGAGGCAAGUGCAAACGGAAACGAGCACACCGCUGUCGACGAGGAAGAUGAGGGGUUGUCGAUAAAUGGCGGUGGACGAUUGGUAUUGACUAAAACGACUACGCAAGGAUCGGUUGCUGCCAUUGAUAGCCCCAGAGGCCAGAACACCUUGACAGUUAUUGAGCUCCUUGCGAUCACAGUAGAGCUUGGUAUUCAGAUCGCAGUUUUCGUACUCGGCGCAUAUGGUUCAAAGGGGGUUGUGGCCGCCACUGCUGGAAUAUUUACUUGGACCUAUAUUUUGAUACUUGCAAGUUUGAGAUUUGCCUUCUCCAAUACGAAAUGGAGAGUCCCAAAGAUUUGGAAUCAUACGGCUGCUCUAUACACUGCACAAUGGCUCUUCUCGCUGGUUAUAUUCCGCUCCGCCAUCAUCCAUCCGCGUUCCAGGGUCAGCCAGGGACUUAUCAUCUCGGAUUUCGUCCUCUCUUCGUUCCUUUUCGGACUCGCAAUUACUACACGCAAGGGCAACAAGGCAGUGGUCUUGGAGUGGGAGGGAGAUAUUCAACCCUCAAAAGAGCCAUUGGCCAGCUUGUUUUCCAUUGCUACCUUCGCAUGGGUCGAUUCUAUUGUUUGGCACGGCUAUAUCAACACCUUUGAAAUUGCAGAUGUCUGGAACCUGAUGCCAAAGGACAAAGCGGCAGCUGUUUUGGCAGACUAUAGAUUACUCAAAAAGACAUCGGCCUUAGUAUGGCAUUUGAUGCGCUACUUUAAAGGUCUUCUCACUAUACAGUGUGCUUAUGCCGUCUUUUCUGGACUUUUCAACUUUGCACCUACAUUGCUGUUGAAAGCUAUCCUUGAAUACAUCGAAGAUCCAGACUCGGCGCCUCGCAAUGUCAUCUGGCUAUACGUCAUUCUUCUUGCCUUUACAGAUAUUCUUCGCUCGCUAGCUGAUCAACAAGCCCUCUGGAUUGGCCGCAAGAUCUGUAUAAGGCUCAGGGCAAUCAUCAUUGGUGAAAUCUACGCUAAAGCAUUAAGAAGAAAGGCGGCAUCAGGAAGUGACUCUGUUCUUGGCGCAAAGAAAGAUCUGAAGGAUAUAGAGAAGCCUAGCUGGUGGCGAAGAUCACUUGGAAAGAAGAAGGGUGAGCAAACUUCUAAUGCCGCACAGACUCCACCAGCGACUGCAACUGGGGCUGGAAAGAAGACAGAUGAGCAAGCUAAUGUUGGUACCAUCAUAAAUCUCAUGUCUGUUGAUUCUUUCAAAGUCAGCGAAGUCACUGCGUAUCUUCACUUCCUCUUUGCUGCUGCUCCAACCCAAUUGAUCGUAGCUGUAUAUCUUCUCUAUCGUAUCCUCGGAAAGAGUAGUAUUCCAGGUCUCGUUGUCAUGGCUAUUCUUCUCCCUGUGAAUAUUGGAUUCGCUCGUGGCUUUGGCGCUGCCCAGAAAAAGAUUAUGGCAGCUACCGAUAAAAGAAUCCAUACUACCAAUGAAGUCUUAGAGAAUAUUCGUAUCAUUAAAUACUUUGCGUGGGAAAAGCGCUUUACUGAUAUUGUCAAUGAUAAGCGAGCUGAUGAGUUGAAAGCAUUACGCUUAAAGUAUAUCAUCUGGGCUUUCGCUGUUGCUGUGUGGAACACGGUGCCGGUAGUUAUUACUUUCUUCUCGUUUCUCUAUUAUACAGUUGGAGAGAAGAAGCCGCUUUAUCCUUCCAUUGCGUUCACAGCCAUCUCACUCUUUAAUAUUCUUCGCGUUCCUCUGGAUCAACUGGGCGACAUGAUAGCUCAUGUUCAGGAAAGUCAAGUAUCAAUCAAUCGAGUAGAGGAAUUCUUAAACGAAGACGAGACUGAAAAGUACGAUCAGCUCUCACACGAUAACUUGGAUGAGGAUGGUAAUCAAAUGAUUGGAUUUAAGAAUGCUACUUUAUCCUGGGGUGGCAAAGAAGCCUUCACUGAUGAAGAUAUCUCAACUGCGUUCCGGAUGAUGGAUUUGAAUGUCAAAUUCGAAAUUGGUCAUUUGAACAUCAUUGCUGGACCCACUGGAUCUGGAAAGACGUCUCUCCUGAUGGCUCUUCUCGGCGAGAUGGCUUUGAUCAAAGGAAAGGUGUUCCUACCUGGCGGUUUCAGUCGUGAAGAUGUCCGACCCGACCCCGAAACUGAUCUUACCGAAACCGUUGCCUAUUGCGCUCAACAACCUUGGCUCGUGAAUGCUAAUAUCAAGGAAAACAUCUUGUUUGCUGCUCCACUGGACGAACAGAGAUACAAGGAUGUGAUUAUUGCUUGCGCUUUAGAACGUGACCUAGACAUUCUAGAUGAUGGCGAUGAAACACUUGUUGGUGAAAAGGGCAUCAGUCUUUCCGGGGGCCAAAAGCAACGUAUCUCUCUCGCAAGGGCUCUUUACUCUAACUCUAAACAUGUACUCCUCGAUGAUUGUUUGAGUGCCGUGGAUUCACACACUGCCAAGUGGAUAUUCGACAAUUGUAUUCGAGGACCAUUGAUGCUUGAUCGUACAUGCAUCUUAGUCACGCACAAUUUAUCUCUCUGUGUUCCUCAUUCUCGAUAUGUUGUUUGUCUCGAGAAUGGUAGGAUCACUGAACAAGGAUCCGCAGAUAAGGUUAUAGCUUCAGGGAAGUUAGGAGAGGAAAUUACCAAAUCACGCCCUGCUUCUGCUCUCCACUCACGGAUCCCAUCUCGAGUCCCUUCUAGCAUCGGUGAGGAGAGUAACGAAACUCUUAUUGAAGACCAACCUGCAAAUGGCAAGCUGGAUGAUGCAAACGCAAAACCAAAGGCAAAGAAAUCCAAGGAAAAGAAAAACGCCAUGGCCGAAACAAAGGCUGAGGGUGGUGUCAAAUGGAGAGUCCUCGUAUUGUAUUUAAGAGCCAUGGGCCCUUGGUGGUUCUGGGUCCUCGCUGUAAUGGUUUUUGGAGUCCAGCAGGUUGGAGCUCUUGGAGCCAACAUAUGGAUUAAGCAAUGGGCAAAUCAAUAUGAUGUUGAAGCUGUCCGAACCAAAUAUCACUUAUCCGCAAACAAUUACAUUGGCAAUACUAUCUCUACUAUUCAAGUCGCGAGCUCAAAGUUAUCUCAAGUUCAACCAUAUUUCGACCCUAACAAGACUUCGAUUGUGGCAAAGUUCGCUCCAGAUGUUGAUGUUGGAUAUUAUCUCGGAGUUUAUGCUUUGAUUGGUAUCGCAUGCAUGUUGAUUGCCCUCUUCAGAGACUUCUGGCUCUUCUUUGGUUCUCUUACCGCAAGUUGGAGAAUCCAUGAGAAUUUGAUGAAAGCCGUCACCCGAGCAAAAUUUAAGUUCUUUGACUCGACUCCAUUAGGUCAACUUAUGAAUCGAUUUAGUAAGGACUUGGAAGCUGUUGAUCAAGAAGUCGCACCUAUCGCCAUUGGAGUUAUGUCAUGUGCCUUGGCUAUUAUUGUAACGGUCGCUUUGAUCACUGCUAUCACUCCUGGCUUCUUGAUUGCAGGUAUAUUCAUCAGUGCCAUGUACUUCUUUGUUGGAAAAUUCUAUCUUCGAUCGUCAAGAGAUCUGAAGAGAAUUGAAUCAAUUCAAAGAAGUCCAUUGUUCCAGCAAUUCGGAGAGACACUCAACGGAGUUACCACUAUUCGAGCCUAUGGUGAUGAGAAACGAUUUGUCCGAGACAACAUGUUACGAAUCAACACUCAUAGUCGACCAUUUAUUUAUCUAUGGGCAGCAAAUCGAUGGUUGUCAUUCAGAAUUGACUUAGUCGGUGAUCUCGUCGCAUUCUUCGCAGGAGCGUUUAUUGUCAGUAGCAUCGGUACUAUCGAUGCUGGUUCGGCUGGUCUCUCCCUAAGUUAUGCCAUCAGUUUCACGGAGAAUGUUCUUUGGAUGGUACGACUUUAUUCCAUGAAUGAACAAAACAUGAACUCCGUAGAGCGAAUCAAGGAGUAUCUGGAUGUCGAGCAAGAAGCAGCAGAGUAUAUUGAAGAAACAGAGCCUGCCAAAAAUUGGCCAAGUCAAGGAUCUGUGGAAUUCAUUAAUUACACCACAAGAUAUAGGGAAGAUUUGGAUCCUGUAUUACGAAAUGUCAGUUUCAAGAUCCGACCUUUGGAAAAGGUUGGUAUCGUUGGUCGUACAGGUGCAGGAAAGAGUUCUCUUGCCCUUGCUCUAUUCCGCGGUCUUGAGGCCGAGGAGGGAAAGAUUUUGAUUGAUGAAGUUGAUGUUGGUCUUAUUGGCCUUCGUGAUCUUCGCGAGAGAAUAACCAUCGUACCACAAGAUCCAACGCUAUUUACAGGCACCAUUCGAAGUAAUUUAGAUCCUUUCAACCUCUUCACAGAUGAAGAUAUCUUUACAGCUUUACGAAGAGUUCAUUUGAUUGGACCAGUAGGAACAUCGACAGCUCCUUCCACGCCAGGUAUCUCACGACCACCAUCUAUUGAAUCAUUAUCAGGCUCCACGGCCACCAACAAGAACGUCUUCUUGAACCUCAAUUCCACCGUCACUGAAUCAGGAAAUAAUCUCUCACAAGGUCAACGCCAACUUCUUUGUUUAGCUCGCGCUUUACUUAAACAACCCAAGGUUCUGAUGAUGGAUGAAGCUACUGCUUCUAUUGAUUAUACCACUGAUGCCAAGAUUCAAGAAACGAUAAGAGAACUCAAGAGUACGAUUAUCACAAUUGCGCAUCGUUUACAAACGAUUGUGGAUUAUGAUAAGGUGUUGGUACUGGAUAAGGGAGAGGUGGUGGAAUACGCUCAUCCACAUGAGUUGUUGAAGAAGGAAGGGAAGGAUGCUAUUUUUAGAGGGAUGUGUGAGACGAGUGGGGAUUUGGACGGGUUGAAGGAGGCGGCGAAGAGGGCUUGGGAGGCAAAAAGAUUGGUAGAUGAUGAGUAG